CUGCAGGCGCUCAGCUCGGAGAAGAAAGCCCGGAAAGCCCGCUUCUACCGCAACGGGGACAGGUACUUCAAGGGCUUGGUGUAUGCCAUCUCCACCGACCGCUUCCGCUCCUUCGAUGCCCUCCUCGCUGAGCUCACCCGGUCCCUGUCGGACAACGUGAACCUACCCCAGGGCGUCCGCACCAUUUACACCAUCGAUGGCAGCAAGAAGCUCACCAGCCUGGACGAGCUGGUGGAAGGUGAAAGUUAUGUAUGUGCAUCCAAUGAACCGUAUCGCAAAGUUGAUUACACCAAGAAUGUCAAUCCAAACUGGUGUGUGAACAUAAGGACUGGGUCCACUCGAUCCUUGACGUCUUUGACAUCCACAAAGAGUGAAGUGAAGGAGAGUAAAGAUUUCAUUAAGCCCAAAUUAGUGACUGUAAUUAGGAGUGGAGUAAAACCACGGAAAGCUGUGAGAAUUCUGCUGAAUAAGAAGACUGCUCACUCCUUCGAACAGGUCUUGACUGACAUCACAGAAGCCAUUAAGUUAGAUUCCGGUGUAGUCAAGAGACUUUGUACACUGGAUGGAAAGCAGGUGACGUGCUUGCAGGACUUCUUUGGAGAUGAUGAUGUCUUCAUUGCAUGUGGGCCUGAGAAAUACCGGUAUGCUCAGGAUGACUUCGUGUUGGAUCACAGCGAAUGCCGUGUUAUGAAGUCUUCUUAUUCCCGGUCAUCUGGCAUGAGGCAUAGUGGGUCCAAAAGUCCAGGACCUUCACGUCGAAGCAAAUCACCUGCCUCAGUAAAGAGGGGUGGCCACUACUCCAGUGCUUAUUCUUCAGCAAAAUCCCCAGUUAAUGGAACCCCAAGCAGUCAAUUAUCCACCCCAAAAUCUACAAAGUCCUCCAGUUCUUCACCAACAAGCCCAGGCAGCUUUCGUGGACUCAAGCAGAUCUCUCCCCAUGGCGGAUCUUCUUCCAAUGUGAAUGGUGUACCUGAAUCACUCCAUUGCCAGAGUCCCGAAGGUGUGAAUGGAAACAAGUGCUCAGGGUCCUCUACCAUUCUUGAGAAGUAUAAAGUGGGGAAGGUGAUUGGUGAUGGCAAUUUUGCUGUUGUAAAGGAGUGCAUAGAACGAUCCACAGGAAAGGAGUUUGCGCUGAAGAUCAUAGACAAGGCGAAAUGCUGUGGAAAGGAACACCUGAUUGAAAAUGAAGUGUCUAUUCUGCGCCGAGUGAAGCAUCCAAAUAUCAUUAUGCUUAUAGAGGAGAUGGACACCCCAUCAGAACUGUACCUGGUGAUGGAACUCGUCAAGGGAGGAGAUCUAUUCGAUGCCAUCACUUCUUCUACAAAAUAUACGGAGCGAGAUGGGAGUGCAAUGGUCUACAAUCUAGCCAGUGCACUCAAAUACCUUCAUGGGCUCAACAUUGUGCACAGAGACAUCAAGCCAGAAAACCUCCUGGUAUGUGAAUAUCCAGAUGGAACCAAGUCUUUGAAGCUAGGAGACUUUGGACUGGCGACUGUGGUUGAAGGCCCUUUGUAUACCGUCUGUGGUACACCCACAUACGUGGCUCCAGAAAUCAUUGCAGAGACAGGAUAUGGCUUAAAGGUGGAUAUUUGGGCUGCAGGUGUGAUCACAUACAUACUGUUAUGUGGAUUUCCACCUUUUCGCAGUGAAAACAACCUUCAGGAAGAUCUCUUCGAUCAGAUACUCGUUGGGAAGCUGGAAUUUCCUUCUCCCUACUGGGAUAACAUCACCGAUUCAGCAAAGGAGUUAAUCAGCCUGAUGUUACAUGUGAAUGCUGAAGCCCGAUACACAGCAGCACAGAUCCUAAGCCAUCCCUGGGUGUCAGAUGAUGCUUCCCAGGAGAAUAAUAUGCAAGCUGAAGUAACAGGUAAACUGAAGCAGCACUUUAAUAACACCUUACCCAAGCAAAAUAACACAUCUGCUGGGGUUUCUGUCAUCAUGAACACAGCUCUAGAUAAAGAGAGUCAGAUUUUCUGCAGCAAGCGCUAUCAGGACUCUGGUGGAGCUGGAAUGGCGAAAAUUUCUGCAAUUACUGCUGCAGCUGAUGAUCCUCACGUGGCUGGGUCCCAGACCCUCUUCCCUGCUGCUUCUGAGCCACUCCGAUCCCCCGCGCUCCCUGCCUCAGUAUCUCCCGAGUUUGCUGGGGAUCAGCCUGGUGCAUAGGACUGAUGAAACCAAAUCCAACGGGAGCUCCCUGCACUCUCGCCACCAUUUCUCUUCAUUUCACAAGACGGUUUGUUUUCAGUUUGCGUACACCCUCUCGUGGCAAGCGCAAGGCACGCUCUGUCACGGGAGACGGAUCUUCUAAUAGUGGGUGAGUGAACGUGCGUUGUGAGUGCCCUUUGCCCU